UUUUCAUUCGCGGAAUUUGGUCGAAGAGUUUGACUAAUUUUUUCGUUUUUUCGAUCGGCAUUGUGUACAUUCAAUUUGUUAUCAUAAGUUUGCUCAUUGUUUGAAAAUGUUGCUUUGAAAUACGUAGUUAAUUUUACGACAUAAAAAAUUAAUGCUUGAAUCAAUAAAAUGUGAAAGAAGCUGGAAUUGAUAUCAAUUCUUUUGUUCGCCUUACUAAAGCAUUGCGUGCAUGUUACAUGCUAAUUUUGGUUCAAAACCCAAUUAGCUAUCUGAACAUGCUGAAGAAUAUGUUUAUAUAUUGUGAAAAAAGGAUGUAAAUGUUAGAUAAAUAAAAUAUCUAUAGCAUCGAAGUGCUCUACAAUAAUGUUGCAACAGAAGUAAGGCAAAUUGUGAGAAUUUCCAGAAUACAUGUGUACGUCAUCGCCGUCGUAUCUGCAGUAAACCGAAAAAAAAUAAACCAUUAUAUAUAUAAAAAAAACCAGUUGCCUUUGGCCCAGUACACUAGUGCAAUCUUGCGUUUUUAGUGAGUGGUGCAGCAAGUGCAAUAAGGCUAACAACGCGUGGGUUCAACAGCGUCAUCAUUUCUACGUUUUACAACGACAGUUUAUAAACACACAUUCGGUUGCGCGUGAGAUAUGCGGGAACACAGACACACAACACCUCGCCGACGCGGGCCAAUGUUUCCUCUACCGGCUCCACGAGGGGAACAUUAUGGAGAGCAAUCGGAAGUAUCGGAGUCUCCAUAUUACACCAUUGAUAAUACGGAGGAUAUUUACGGAACCACGCUUUUGCCAUCGCAACGUUGCUAUGUGGAUCCAUGGGAUUUGGAAAAUUACGACUACGUCAGAAAGAAACUAAGCUCCACGCCAGUACGUUCUUCGCCUGAGCCUUACUAUGAUACGUCGUUGUCGACUAGUCCCUAUUACAUGAUGACAUCUUCGCCGCAAGAGCUGCAUGAGGAAGUUCGACUGGCCCCAUCACAACGUCUAGCUGCCACUAUACCACGAAAUAGGGAUCGCUCCCACUGGAACGAGACAUGUCAUCUAGACUGCUGCAUUUCACCAGUGUCAAUGCAGCGUCGUCGCUACGAAGAUACUCGCAGUGACCUAUAUGGCGUGGGUCACGGAAAAUAUGAGGAUUACAUGUCGCAUAUGAUGACAAGCUUAGAAGCGGAAGAAGAUGUAUAUACUGGUUAUGGUGGUGUCUCUUCGUCCUCCUCCACUGAAGUGCACAGCUCCAUCGACGAGGAACAUACUCAAGCAUCAGCAAUGGCAGUGAACAAAACUUCCGGCUAUAAUACCACAAUGCGACGACGCAGUGGUCCUGCAUGUGAAAAACCUGCUCCAUAUUUGGAGUUUCCAGCCCCUCCAUCUCUACCUCCCCCACCCCUCACUUUUGACUACUCCAAACCUUCUGCAGCCUCACCGUAUUAUAGCUCAGCAGAUUGUUUGGAUUGCUCAAUGAUCUAUGCCACCUCUCCUUCGAUUUACGGUUACAUAGAUCGGAGUUAUAAAGGAAGUACCAUUUAUGGUAGUACCAUAGGGCGGAGACCGUCUUCGUCGCUCUGCAGCGGAAUAUAUGGACAUAAAUUUGGGUUGAGCAAAAAAGGACUUUUGCAAAUCGACUAUUCGUGCAGUUGGAAUGAUCUAGAUCGCAUUAUUGGCCGUCACUACUGAAGAAAAUUAUCAUCCUGAGUUGAAUCACUCACUUAUUUAUAUUUGAACAGUAUACUUUAUAUCGUUUUUGUUGUAAAAUUACAUAACACAUCUUCAUAUAUGUAUGU